UGAUCGUUAUCUGCAGCUUUGAUGGCAAAAGUGGAACAUAGAGCCCAAGAAUCAAAAGGUGGGGGAUGUUCUCCGCUCCAUCAUUGGCCGUUGUCUCUCAGAUAACCGGCACGGACUCCAGCCAAUACUACGACGACGGAUUGAUAAAUGGAUUAAGACGAAUUGUCAUACACAGUAUGUCCCUACGAUAUUGGAAGUAUUUGUAGGGUCGCGUUUCCAUCUCGUCUUCUAGCCCCGGAGACAAUCGGCAACCUUCCUUUGCUUGCAAACUUUGUACAUUAUACUUAUACCAUCACUGCGUUGCUAUCGUGGGCGAGGGUGUGUCGAGAGAACGAGAAACAGUAUUCGAGGGAGCCCAAACAUAACACACACCAGACCAUACCAUGGCUACCACAAGAGCCCCCGCGGCGUCAGCCACUUCGACCGAGAAGUCCUUCGAAGAGUCCCACCCCAAGGAAAGCGGCCACCCGCGUGCUCAUGCCGCACCACACGAUCUACUCGAUGUCAUGGAGCAGGGAACAGUCCAAGUCGAUGAGCCCAAGAUCCUGGGCGGCUGGAACGUGAAGCUCGAAAAGCUUUUUGGCGUCGAAGCCCGUGGUAUCGAACGCGUCCUCGAAGCCGACAAGCCUCCCAGGGCCACCUUCGCCGACUUUGUCCAGAUCGUCCUGCUCUGGUUCUCCGCCAAUUUGACACUGAACAAUCUGACGAUCGGCCUGCUGGGGCCCCUUGUCUUUGAACUCGGCCUGACUGAUGCCAUGCUCGUUGGAACUUUCGGAACCAUAGCAGGCACCCUAGGCACUGCGUAUCAGUCCACAUGGGGCCCCGUGAGCGGAAACAGAACCAUGGUUGUCGCACGUUACACCAUGGGUUGGUGGCCGUCCAAGAUCUGUGUGCUGUUGAACAUGGUCAUCAUGUUGGGUUAUGGACUUGUCGACUGUCUCAUUGCCGGACAACUUCUGAGUGCUGUGGCCGGUGGCUCGAUGUCCGUCAUUGUCGGUACCAUAAUUGCGGCCGUCAUCUCACUGGUGGUCGCCCUGUUCGGUAUCAAGCUGUUCCAUACCUACGAGCGAUAUGCAUUCAUCCCGCAAAUAUUGGUGUUGUUCAUCUUGAUCGGCGUCGCGGGACCAUACUUCAACGCUGGAAGUGCCACGGUUGGAGCCGGCACUAGCGUUGCUGUUGCAGACCGAGUCAGCUUUUUCUUUCUCGCCGCGUCCGCUCCCUUGGCAUGGUGCCCUGCCGCAUCUGACUAUUUCGUCUACUUCCCCAAGAAUUGCGCGCGCAGCAAAGUCUUUGGCAGCACAUUACUCGGUCUUGGACUGAGCUCGGUCAUCAUGGUCCUUAUCGGAGUCGGACUCGGGUCUGGCGCACUGGUCAAAUCAGACUGGACGGACGCAUACGAUGUCUCAGCCGGCGCUUUGAUUGUGCAAGCACUUAGCCCGCUGGGCACGUUCGGACAUUUCUGCUCGGUCGUCCUGGCGCUGGGUUUGAUUGCCAACAAUAUCCCCGGAACGUACUCUGCUGCCUUGGGCUUCCAGCUGCUUGGUCGUUGGUUCCGCGUCAUCCCCCGUUGGAUCUGGGUUAUUGUUUCUGUGGUCAUCUAUACAGUAUGUGCCUGCGCCGGACGCAACAACUUGUUCAACAUUUUCGAGGACUUUUUGGCCCUGAUGGGAUAUUGGACCAUCAUGUGGUGCACUAUGACCUUGGAAGAGGAGCUGAUUUUCCGACGCAAGAUUGGAUAUAACUGGGAUGACUGGAAUGUUCCUUCCCAUCUACCUAUUGGUAUCGCCGCCUUGAUUGCAUUCUGCAUUGGAUGGGUCGGCGCGGUGUUGUGCAUGUACCAGGUCUACUUCACUGGUCCGAUUGCUAAACUUGUCGGGUACGGUAUCGACCUUGGAUUCCCGGUCUCAGCGGCAUGGUCUGGAAUGUUCUACCCUCCCCUUCGCUAUCUUGAGUUGAAGCACUUCAAGCGAUGAGUGGCAUAUUGUCGGAUUAUCACUGCAUACGUGGUUAUAAUCAAAUGCUGGAUGGACUAGAUCAUGGCUAGCAGCAAUGCUUCUUACGCAUUGGAAUUGUCACAAUAUCAGAACUGAAGAAUCAACUUUGUGCUCGGUCUCGGUCAUCAGUGCUCUUCA